UUUUUUUUUAUAUUUGUCCGGGAUUGGUUUUGUUUUGUAUGUUACAAAAAGCUCCCAGCACGUUCACGGCAUGGUACCCGUACUCAUGCAUUUUGACUUCCAACUUUCCACAACUUCAUGGCACCAAAGUUAUUUUACCCUCCCUGGAGGUUGUCUCUCUGCCAUUAAAAGUAAAGAAACAUACAUCGUCUUUCUUGUGACAGAAUAGUAAAAUAACUUCGACAUGGCUAUGGAACGGGAAAGGAAACUCACAGAGGCUGGAGCCGAGUUGUUCAUGGACAGAUGCAGGAAAUAUGAUCGGGAAAUAAAACAUAUUCAAAAGGAAAUUGAUGUCCUAAUAUCCACUCUUCAGGAAUAUCCAGAAAUAUCGGAUGCAGAGAUGGUACAUAAGCAGAUAAAACAAGCUAGUGGUGAUUUUAAAAGACUUUCAGAUCAUUAUGUUGACUUUCUUGUAAAACACAGAUCAGUUGAAAGCGAAACAGAAAGGAUUUCACAUUUGAAAUUAAGAGAUAAUGUAACGAGGGCUGUUACCGAGGUUCUCACUCAACGCACACAAGUUGCAACAAAAGAUCCUAGCUGUGACAGACAAAGCGUUAAAUCUGGAUCAGGCCGAUCAAUCCUUUCAUCUACUCAGUCUGCGAUUAUUCAGAAAAGAGCUGCACUUGAGGCUGCGAAAGUGAAAAUGAAAUACGUCGAGAAACAAGCUGCCAUUAUGACCCAAAAGGCAGCAUUGGAAGCGGAAAUCAGUCUACUUGAAAUCCAACAAGAAACCGAAGCCUUACAAUCAGCACUGAAUGUGAUGGAAAAUGCAGAACAGUUAGAUGAUAUAGAAACAGAAUCUAUUACUGAAGCUCGACAAGCAAGGACAAGUGAAUUUAUUCAACAACAUUUUGUGAAUUCCACUAACACUUCUGUUCAGCCACCUGUGCAAGCAAUUACAAGUACUUUGACAUCCGCUGUGCAACCGCCUGUACAGUCCACUGAUAGCACGUUCACAUCAGCUGUGCGACCUCGUGUGCAAUUCACUGAUAGUGCAUUCACGUCAACUGUGCAAACAUCUAUGCAGUCUAGUGAAACAUUUGUUCCUUUAUCGACAUUGGCAAAUUUAUGUUCCACACCUAUGAAUGAAAAUUGGCGUACAGCAUAUCAACCAACGCAAACCAUGGUACACUCUAGUCCCUUGCUUGCAACUUCAUCACAAACAAGUCAUGUGUAUGAUUUGCCGCCACCCUUUGCGCCGCGUUCAGACGUACUAUCUCAGCCGAAUCAUCUAUUGAAUACUGAAGCGCCAACCUUUGUGCCACAUUCGAGUUUACCGUCUCAGCCAAAUCCGGUGACUACUCAAACCUCAGGAUCACAAUACGGUAAUCGCUACACAUCAGUCAAUAUGAUGCCACAUGUAGACAAUUCGCAGGUUGAACUUUGUCAGAUAAUGACUAGGAUGAUGGCCAGAAAAGAUGUAGUGCUUUCGCGUCUCAUUAAAUACAAUGAUAGUCCCAUCCAAUAUUUGUCUUGGAAACAAACAUUUAAAGCUGUAAUGUUAGAACUUGCAGUUACACCAUCAGAGGAACUGGAUCUCAUGAUCAAAUGGCUGGGUCCAGAUUCAUCCAGGCAGGCUGAAUGCUUAAAAACGGCCAGUGCAGGAAAUCACGUGGAUGCAUUACACAAAUUGUGGGAUAGACUUGACAUUCGGUAUGGCAGUCCUGAAUUGAUAGAAGCGUGCUUACGAAACAAACUUACGAACUUCCCAAAGCUUUCAAACACUCCGGCUGACAGCAAACGACUUUAUGAUUUGUACGACCUCUUGAGUGAAAUUCAGUGUGUCAAGGCCAACCCGCUCUAUUCUUCAGUGCUUGCAAUGUAUGAUUCAUCCACAGGAGUAAACCAAAUAGUAUCUCGCUUGCCGACCAAUCUACAAGAAAAGUGGUCAUCUCGCGCCAAUACUUACAAAAAUCAACAUGGAAUGCUAUUUCCUCCGUUCAGUUAUUUUGUCAACUUCAUCUACGACAUGGCAAAAUGGCGCACUGACCCGAGUUUUCAGUACAACACUAGCACACUAUCUUCUCAGAAACAGUCAGCAAAUAAUCAACCCCAAAUUCGCGUGAACGCAAGGAAAACGGAACUUUCUACAAACUCUACAGCUGAGGACAAAUUGAUGUGCCCCGUGCACAACACAAACCACAAUUUGAAUCAGUGCAGGACUUUCCGUCAGAAACCCAUGAAAGAGCGAAUGGAGAUUCUAAAGAAAAACAAACUUUGUUUCCGUUGCUGCAGUUUGAAACGACACACCAAAAACAAAUGCCAAGAGACUAUCCGAUGUGAUGUUUGUAAUCAGACAAGUCACCCGACUGGACUUCAUGUAUUGCGUGUUCAAAAUGUACAGCAACCCUCUCAUAACAAGGAUGAGAAUCUUACAGAAGAUGACAAUCGGCAUGGAGGGGAGUCACGGACCGGUGUUAAUACAAAAUGUACACAGGUUUGUGGGACUGACAAAAUUUGUAGCAAGUCAUGCGCAAAAAUUCUACAACUGUAUGUCUACAAUGAGGACCAACCCAUGCAGGCUCGCAAGGUCUACGCAUUGAUCGACGAUCAAAGCAAUUACUCCCUUGGAAAACCGGAACUGUUUGACAACUUUGAUGAUCAUUCGGAACACAUAAACUUCACUUUAUCAACCUGUUCAGGGAAAGUUUCCGCGACUGGCAGAAAAGGCAACAAUUAUGUUGUUGAGUCCGCAGAUCAUAGUGUCAGGAUUAAGAUUCCGUCUCUUAUCGAGUGUUCAGACAUUCCCGAUAAUAGACAUGAAAUACCUUCUCCGGAAGUAGUGAAAAACUUUCCUCAUCUUUGUGAUUUGGUAUCGUACAUACCACCAGUUGAUGACAGUGUACACAUAGAACUCUUGAUAGGUCGUGACGUUAUACAAGCACACCAUGUUGUGGAUCAGAGGUUAGGCGGUGAUAACUUACCCUACGCUCACAAAUUACCUCUUGGUUGGGUUGUGGUUGGUGAAUCUUGUAUUGGAGCUCUCCAUGGACGUGAAUCUGUUCAAACAAUCACAGUUAGCAAAACUCACAUUCUUGCUAAUGGUAGAGCAACCUAUCUGGAACCAUGUGUUAACACGUUAACCAUCAAAGAAAACUCGAUCUUCGAGAAAACGCCACAGGAUGAGAGGCUUGGUCCAUCAGUGGAAGACGAGCUUUUUAUAAGUCUCAUGGAAAGUAAGGUUACGAAGGACUGUGAUGAUCGCUGGACUGCACCACUUCCCUUUCGCGAAAAUAGAAAGCUGUUGCCUAACAACAGAACUCAAGCCUUGCAGCGUGUUAAAUCAUUAGACCGUUCACUCCAGAAAGAUGAAGUCAAGAAGAAACACGUUGUUGAAUUCAUGGGAAAAAUGUUCGAAAACGGUCAUGCUGAGGUAGCACCACCUUUGCCAACACUUAGUGAACAAUGGUACCUACCGUUUUUCGGAAUUUAUCAUCCCAAGAAACCUGGAAAAGUUAGAGUCGUCUUCGAUUCGUCAGCAGUGUUCAGGGGAACGUCUUUGAAUGACGUAUUAAUGAAAGGACCGGAUUUAACCAAUAAUUUAUUGGGAGUACUCUUGCGAUUUCGGAAGGAAGCUAUAGCUCUUACAGCUGACGUGGAGCACAUGUUUUACAACUUCAAGGUGGACGAAACUCAUCGCAAUUAUUUACGAUUUGUGUGGCACGAAAAUAAUGACAUUUCACAACCGUUGAUGGACUACAGGAUGACAGUCCAUGUUUUCGGAAACUCUCCGUCUCCAUCUGUUGCAACCUUUUGUCUCAGAAAAUCCGUUGAGAAUGCAGACAGUGAUGUCCGAGAUUUUGUCUGUAAAAACUUUUAUGUGGACGAUGGACUCAUUUCUUGUCCAGAUCCUGACUCGGCAAUUGAUCUCAUGAAGCGCACACAGAAAACGUUAGAAAUUGGAGGACGGUUGCGUUUGCAUAAGAUUGUCUCGAACAGCACAACUGUGUUACAGAAUUUCCCAUCAGAUGAUUUGUCAGCAGAUCUCAAGGAAUUGGAUCUUGGAUCUGACACUCCGCCAAUUCAGCGCAGUCUAGGAUUAUCAUGGGACAUUUCUACUGAUAGAUUUGUGUUCAGAGCGUCGACAGAAAACAAACCCUAUACCCGUAGAGGUGCGUUAUCAGUGAUCAAUAGUCUGUUUGAUCCCAUAGGAUUUGCAGCCCCCAUGACUUUGUAUGGGAAAUUGCUUCUCAGGGAAAUGAUGUCAGUCUCAGGACCUGUAAAUUGGGAUGAAGAGUUACCGCCUCAAUUGAAAUCGAAAUGGGAACGGUGGAUCACAUCACUCGUGCAUCUCCAGAAUUUUCAAAUUUCUCGCAAAUAUUCUGCAAUUUCAUUUCAUGAAGCUUUGCGUAGAGAGGUUCAUAUCUUCAGUGAUGCAUCUAAGGACGCAAUAGCUUCGAUAGCAUACUUAAAACUGAUAUCAGAUGAGGGAAGUGAUGUUUCAUUUUUGCUGGGCAAAUCAAAAGUAUCACCUGUUCAUGGUCAUACCAUUCCUCGCCUUGAGCUCUGCGCAGCAGUUCUAUCCAUUGCAGUUGCAGAGUUGGUGAAAGAGCAUUUGAACAUCCCCUCACAGGAUUUCUACUAUUACACAGAUAGCAAGAUAGUGUUGGGGUAUUUGUCAAACGAGGUACGGAGGUUCUAUGUGUAUGUCACCAAUAGGGUGAAUAGGAUCAGAGCAGCUAGUUCUCCGACUCAGUGGUACUUCAUUCCAACAGACAGUAACCCUGCUGACAUUGCAACGAGACGUAUCAAUGCAGAAGACUUGGUGAAUUCAACCUACCUAACGGGUCCAGACCUUUUGCGCAAUGACAUACAUGUACAAUUACCAUCUAGUGAAUUUCAGCUUGUAAAUCCUCAAGAGGAUACUGAGGUCCGCCCAGAAAUAUCAGUGAACAAAAUGAAAGUGAUCAGCCACAAAACAUGGGUUCAGAGAUUUUCAUUUUUCUCGUCAUGGAACAGUUUAGUGAGAGCUAUCAUGUUUCUGAAAGGAUUCAUUAGGAAACUUCACAAUGAGAGCAAACCCACACGAGCUGAAACGGAACAAUUUAUUGUGAAACUAGUACAACAGGAAGUUUAUGGUGAUGAAAUCAAUUCUUUGCAAACUGGACGUUCUUUGUCAAACAAAUCCAAAAUUCUUCCUCUUGCUCCUGUACAAGAUGAAAAUGGCAUUCUCAGAGUUGGAGGACGAUUGAAACAUGGAAAGGCUAUUUCCAUCAACACUCAGCCUGUGAUCAUUCCCCGAGACCAUCACAUUGCUAUCCUCUUAGUGCGACAUUUUCAUGGUAAAAUUCAUCACCAGGGCAGACACAUGACAGAGGGAGCUCUCCGUGCAUCGGGCUAUUGGGUGAUUGGCGGUAAGAGACUUGUGUCCUCUAUUAUUCGUCAUUGUGUGACUUGUCGAAAGUGUCGUGGACAAUUUCUAUUUCAAAAGAUGUCAGAUCUUCCGGAGGACAGAUUAUCUCCUGGACCACCUUUCACCUUUGUUGGUCUUGAUACAUUUGGACCAUGGUCAGUUCUCCAGCGUAAGACUCGAGGUGGAUCAGCUCAGCAAAAGAGAUGGGCAAUUGUAUUCACUUGCUUAGUUUCAAGAGCAGUUCACUUGGAAGUAGUAGAUGAGAUGAGCAGUGCAGCAUUCAUCAAUGCCUACCGCCGUUUUGUAGCAAUUCGUAGACCCAUAAAACUAUUGCGAUCAGAUAGGGGCACUAACUUUGUGGGUGCAAUUCAGGACUUGGGCAUUGAAGCAGAAUUUGUUGAGGAUGGAAGAAUCGCAAAAACUCUAGAAACCUAUGGAACUUCCUGGAAGUUUAAUCCUCCUCAUUCCUCUCACUUUGGAGGCUCAUGGGAGCGUAUGAUAGGGACCUGUAGGAGGAUUCUGGAUAACAUGCUCAUGCAAGAUAGGAAUAAACUAACUCAUGAUUCAUUAGUGACCUUGAUGGCUGAAGUUUCAGCGAUAGUGAAUUCUCGUCCGUUGCUGCCCAUUUCAACAGAUCCAGAAAACCCAGAAAUUCUGUCUCCCUCAGUGUUGUUGACUCACAAGAAAGGUCAAAACGAUACAUGCCCGUUUCCACAGUUUGGGACCAAGGAUAUGUUACGUAGUCAAUGGAAACUGGUUCAGGGUCUAGCAGAUGAAUUUUGGUCGAAAUGGACGAAAGAGUAUAUCUCAUCUCUUCAAGUCAGGAGAAAGUGGAAGCAGCCAGAAGUGAACUUGAAUGUCGGUGAUAUUGUUCUUGUAAGAGAGAAGGAUUUUCAUAGAUCCAUGUGGCCUAUGGCAAUAGUGACGAAACUUUUUCCAAGUGACGAUUUCCUUGUCAGGAAAGUGGAAAUCAAACUCUAUAAGGAAAACAAGAUUUGUGUGUUCGUUCGACCCGUAGUCGAUCUUGUCCUGUUGGUAUCUUCAGAUGAUUAGUGACUCAAUUUUCAUGGAUAAUGACUGAUAUUUGAUUUUAUGUAUUAUGUAUGUAUGAUUUUGCUAGUUUAGCAUAUUGAAUUUGAUGUAGUGAUUUUUUUAUAAAAAUCAGGAGGGGAGUGUGCUGGAUUCCGGAUUUUUUUUUUUAUAUUUGUCCGGGAUUGGUUUUGUUUUGUAUGUUACAAAAAGCUCCCAGCACGUUCACGGCAUGGUACCCGUACUCAUGCAUUUUGACUUCCAACUUUCCACAACUUCAUGGCACCAAAGUUAUUUUACCCUCCCUGGAGGUUGUCUCUCUGCCAUUAAAAGUAAAGAAACAUA